AUGGCUCCCCAAAGAAUGUGGCUUCUCCUACUGCUGAGCUGUGUACUCAGCACUGAAGUCUUGGGUGACAUCAUCAUGAGACCCAGCUGUGCUGCUGGAUGGUUUUACUACAAGUCCAAUUGUUACGGAUACUUCCGGAAGCUGAGGACCUGGUCUGAGGCUGAGUACGAGUGUCAGUUGUAUGGAAAUGGAGCCCACCUGGCAUCUCUCCAGAAUGCAAAGGAAGCCAACAUCGUAGCGAAGUAUAUAAGUGGCUACCAAAAAACCAAGCCUGUAUGGAUCGGCCUGCAUGACCCACAAAAGAGCCAGAAGUGGCAGUGGAUCGAUGGGGCCUUCUAUUUGUACAGAAAAUUGUCGGCCAAGUCCGCAGGUGGGAACAAGUACUGCGUGGAGAUGAACUCCAGGGAAGGCUUUUUAACUUGGAGGAGCAACAAAUGCAGCACGCACCAGCACUUCCUGUGCAAAUACCGAGUGUAGAGCACAAAUCGAGGCCGUGCUCACCCCACACACGCCCCUGCCCUCCUCCCUCUGUGCAUGCUGGCUGCGUCUGAUCAUUGUCUCAGAGCAAACACGGCAACUGAGGCUGAUCGGCCCUGUCACACUCACUCUUUUAGGUUUAUUAGCGUCCGAGGCCUCAACACUGUACGACAGUGGCUUCUAUGACAAUUACAGGAAAUGUGGCUUUGGUGUGAUCUCGUUUGCAUUUCUUAGAAGCAUCCCCAGAGAGGAGAGGAAGUGUGGCUGGGCCGCCCACGCAGUUCGGGAUGUGUGGAUGGC